UUUUAUGGUAACACAGGGCAUAAUAAAAGUCACGCCAGCACAUCGUGGUUUUCCUGCUGCGAGUGUUUAACAACUUUAAAUGUGGCCUCGUCACCGCUGAAAUAUGUACCGGGAGCAGCGGAGGGAGCAGUGGUCUUCACGAAUACUUGUAAUUCUUUGGAAGUUAGACACAGGAGGACCAGUCUGACCAGCACCUCUCCGCAGGGCGAGGAGGGCGGGCACUGCACGAGGACGCUCCCGUCCUAUUGGUGACUGCUCGGUGUGUGUGUGUGUGUGUGUGUGUGGAGUACAGGAGACAAACUCCAGGAAAACGGACGGCGCUGGCGCACGAUGCGGCUGCUUUAGGGACACUUUUGUGGCGCAAAGAGAAGAGUCUAUGUGGACAUGAGGAUAUUUUUUGGGGAGGCAAUUUCUAAAAGUAAAGCCACUCCGUACAGCCGCGGGAUAAUUUUAUGAGCGCAAUUACAAGUGUGACUGUGACGGUUACUAAUGAGAUUGCGCAGCGACCACACAGCUGUCCACUGAGGAGAGGAGGUGCCGCUGAGCGACACCCGCCAAUGUUCACCUUUGGUUGGAACUUCCCAACAAACGGUUAAGACAGAAACGUACGUUUCUUAAUUGUUUCCCCUCGCGCUGCUUUGAGUACAAAAGUGGGAUAACAAAAAUGGCAGAGCACGAGAGUCUGGAGUUUGGAAAAGCUGACUUUGUGCUCCUGGACAACGUGUCCAUGGAAGAAUUCAUGGCCAACUUAAAACUCAGGUUCGAGAAGGGGAGGAUUUACAGUUAUAUCGGAGAGGUGGUGGUGUCCGUCAACCCCUACCGUGCCAUGAACAUCUACGGCCGUGACACCGUGGAGCAGUACAAGGGCCGCGAGCUGUACGAGAGGCCGCCCCACCUCUUUGCCAUUGCUGACGCUGCUUACAAAGCCAUGAAGAGGCGGAACAAAGACACUUGCAUUGUCAUCUCAGGGGAAAGUGGAGCAGGAAAGACGGAAGCGAGCAAGUAUAUAAUGCAAUAUAUCGCUGCUAUCACCAAUCCUAAUCAGAGGGCUGAAGUUGAAAGGGUAAAAAACACGCUGCUUAAAUCCAACUGUGUGUUGGAGGCGUUCGGUAACGCCAAGACCAACCGCAACGACAACUCCAGCCGCUUUGGCAAAUACAUGGACAUCAAUUUUGACUUCAAAGGAGAUCCCAUCGGAGGCCACAUCAACAACUACCUGCUGGAAAAGUGCAGGGUGAUUUUCCAGCAGGAAGGAGAGAGAAGCUUCCAUUCAUUCUACCAGCUGCUCAGAGGAGCUCCAGAUUCCUUGUUACGCUCCCUUCACAUCCAGAAGGACCCAACAGCCUACAACUACAUCAAAGUCGGAGGCCAGAUUAAGUCUUCCAUCAAUGACGGAGCUGAUUUCAAAGCUGUAGCCGAUGCCAUGAAAGUCAUUGGCUUCACAGGCGACGAGAUUAAUACUGCUUACAAAAUCCUGGCCACCAUCCUGCAUCUGGGAAACCUAACGUUUGGUGUGGACGGUGACGUGACGUUGAUCGAGAACACAAAGCUGGUGUCUGUCAUCAGGGAGCUGCUGUCCACGAAGGAGGAGAAUGUGGAGAAGGCCCUGCUCUAUCGCACGGUGGCCACGGGGCGAGACGUGAUCGAAAAACAGCACACGGCACAAGAGGCCAGCUACGGACGCGAUGCUCUCGCCAAGGCCAUGUAUGAGCACAUGUUCUGCUGGAUUGUGGGACGAAUCAAUGACAUCAUCGAGGUGCGAAACUAUGACGCAAAAGUCCACGGUAAGAACACGGUCAUCGGGGUGCUGGACAUCUACGGCUUUGAGAUUUUCCAGAACAACAGCUUUGAACAAUUCUGCAUCAACUACUGUAAUGAAAAGCUGCAGCAGCUGUUUAUCCAGCUGGUGCUGAGGCAGGAACAGGAAGAGUAUCAAAGAGAAGGCAUCCCUUGGAAACAUAUUGAUUACUUCAAUAACCAGAUCAUUGUGGAUUUGGUAGAGCAGCAGCAUAAGGGCAUCUUCUCUGUCCUCGACGAGGCUUGUAUGAACGUGGGCAAAGUCACAGAUGAGGUUUUCCUCCAAGGACUUAAUGGCAAGCUGGCCAAACACGCCCACUACACCAGCCGAAAGCUCUCACCGACCGAUAAGAGUUUGGAGUUUGACAGGGACUUUCGCAUCAGGCACUACGCAGGAGAUGUUGUGUACUCGGUGGUGGGUUUUAUUGAUAAGAACAAAGACACUCUGUUCCAGGAUUUCAAGAGACUGCUCUAUAACAGUUCUAACCCAGUACUGAAGGGGAUGUGGCCUGAGGGCAAACUCAGCAUCACUGAGGUCACCAAACGUCCACUGACGGCCGCAACGCUCUUCAAAAACUCCAUGAUCUCACUGGUGGAGAACCUGGCCAGCAAGGAGCCCUACUAUGUUCGCUGCAUCAAGCCCAACGAUGUCAAGUCGCCUCUGCUGUUUGAGCACGAACGCUGCCGCCACCAGGUGGAAUACCUCGGGCUGCUGGAGAAUCUUAGAGUGCGCCGUGCCGGCUUUGCCUACAGGCAGACAUACCCACGCUUCCUACAGAGAUACAAGAUGAUCUCAGAGUUUACGUGGCCCAAUCAUGACCUGCCGUCAGACAAAGACGCAGUAAAGAGGCUCUUGCAGGGAUGCAAGUUUGACCACGACGCGGCCUACGGCAAGACUAAGGUCUUCCUCCGCACGCCGCGGACCCUCUUCAGCCUGGAGGAUCAGAGAGAAGAAAUGGUCCAAAGGAUCGUCCUCUUUCUCCAGAAGGUGUGGAGGGGCACCAUCGCCAGAAUGCGUUACCGGCGGAUGCGAGCGGCGCUCGUCAUCCUUCAGGCGUACCGCCGCUACAAGGUGAAGUCCUACAUCCGCGAGGUCAACCGUCGCUUCAAGAACGUCCGCUCCAUGAAGGACUACGGCAGACACGUGAAGUGGCCGACGCCCCCCAAAGUCCUGCGCAAGUUUGAGGAGGCGCUCAAGAACAUCUACAACAGGUGGUGGGCAUGGACACUGAUCAAAGGCCUUUCUCCAGAGGAGACUCUGCAGGUGAGGGCCAAGGUAGCCAGUCUGGAGGCCCUGAAGGGCCACAGGACGGACUUAGGCCUUCAAAGAGCCUGGGAAGGAAACUAUCUGAAGCGAGACAGCCCCGACACAGCAGCGUCAUUCACACUCGUCUCCAGCGAGCUGCAGCGGAAAGACAAAUUCAUGAGAGUCCUGUUCUCCUGCAAUGUGCGCAAGAUCAACCGUUUCCACAAGGCAGAGGACAGAGUGGUGCUCAUCACUGACCGCCACCUGUACAAGAUGGACGCCCUGAAGCAGUACAAGCCCAUGAAGAGCAUCCCCCUCUACAACGUGACGGGAAUGAGCGUGUCCCCUGGGAAGGACCAGCUGGUUGUGUUCCACACCAAGGACAGCAGGGAUCUGGUCGUGUGCUUGAAGGGUAUGGUCCCUGCCAAUGAGAGCCGCAUUGGGGAGCUGGUCGGCACCUUGCUCAGCCACUUCAAGAGCGAGAAGAGGAAGCUGCAGGUGAACAUCGUGAGUCCCAUCCAGUGCAGCAUGAACGGGAGGAAGUGCACGGUCAUCGUCGAACCCAAGAUCAACCAGUCACAGCCGGACUUCACCAAGAGCCGAUCUGGUUACAUCCUGGCUGUUCCUGGAAACUGAAAUGGGUCGUAAAAACAGUGGCAGCUGAUUUCAAACCAGGCCAGAAUGAUAAUUGAUGAAUCACUACGUCGGGUUCAUGUCUUGUUGUUUUUUUUUUUUUUUGCAGAGCUGCUGAUGAUGUGGCAUCAUCGCAGCGGCUCUGAAGGAGGAUUGAGAGUAUUUGAAUCUUCAAAUUGCUAAGCCAUGCCAAAAUUAACCUUUUAUUAAUAUAAUUUCUAUGCAAUAUUACGUUGAAAAUGAAGUGUACAAUUUGCUUACAUGCAAAAUCGUCAUAGCUGAAUAUAAUGCACUACAAGAUAAUCCAUUGAGGGAUGCUCUUCUCUGUCAACCCCAAAAUGAUUUGCUAUGUGCAAUAUAGAGUUUAGUGGAUUGAUUAUUGUCAGGGUUAGAGCAGAUAUCGCAGAUAUCGCAGAUAUUGCAACUCGUGUUGCAUAAUCGCACAAAUUAAAUGUAAAGGUUUUGCCGGAAUCGUUAUUCCCACGCAAUUCAGCAGCAACAGAAGUGAAACCCUAAAAAAAUUAAGAUAUGUAUGAGAAAUGUUCAAUCAAUUUGCUUUAAAAUAAAAGAAGAAAACAGUGGUUGUAGAUUAUAUUCUAAGGAAUAAUAAUGUCAGUUAAAGACCAAAGUAGUAAAUGAAAGGGACUAUAUAGCUUAUUAAAUGUUUACAGUCAUGUAUGGGAACAUCUAAGUCACUGUUAGUUGUUUUUUUUUUUUUUCAGUCACAGGAUGUUAAGUCGGAUGUGUUGAGCAUAUCCGGAACAUCACAGCCUGUAACAUACAAAGUGCUAAAUUUUGUUAAUUUAAAUCCUUGCAUCUUAUAUUCUCUUUUACUUUUUAUAACACUAUAACAAAAAGGCAGCACAAGAUCACAAAUAUGUGUCGACUCAGCAGCAGCUACACUGCAUUUCAUGUGCAGAGGAAGAAGUCGUGUAUGAAUAUGAUAACCAAAGCUUUCGCUAUUUUUGGUUCAUAAAUCUUCUCAAAUGUAAGUCUUAAUACUUUUCGCUGAGCAACAAAGUGUUGCUGGCCAGUACUGUAUAAUCCCACGUUAACUCCCGGGCCCUGAACAUUGUCUCAUUUGCUGUCAAGUUGUCUCAUUUUGUCAAGUGAAUAGCCGAACGACUUGUCGUGGUCCUCAGUCCUUUGAGAUAGUCUUCUCCUCGACAAAUAUCUGCUUCAUGUGAGUGUGUGUGUGUGGAUUAGUGCUCUCAGUUGUCUUCUCGGUGCGGCGCCUUGGAGCCUGGCCAGUGUCCAGAGUGAUGGAGGGAGACGACGGAGGAGUCUGUAAUCAGACUGCUGUCCUACUUUACCUUCUCGUCUAAUGGUGGGAAUGACUUUUCGUGUGAAUGCUGGACUGUCGGGGGAAGGCGGUCCGCGUCUGAUCUCCCUUCACUCUUAUGCGGCCAAAUCACACUGAUCCACGUCGCGAUCACUCAGUUCGGUUUGCACUGUUUGCACGAGCUGUCCGCUGUGUUUUCACCGCUUUCAUCCGUCAGUGUCCUGAGUUUAGACACGCUUUUUUUUAGAUCGGAAAACAAUUUUAGUAUCUAAUCCAGUGUUUUGUUUUAUUUUAUGUUGUUUUCUGAUCAGUCCAGUCCUUCAUAAGUGUUUUAUUUUUAAAUUGCUUUAAAAAAAAGAAUCAGCCAUUUAUGUACAUUUUAGACAAAGGCCUUUCAUUACGCAGGCUGCCAUCAUAAAUAUGCCACCAUGUUUCUCCAGCAUCGUCCAUUUGUGUCCACACUGGACCUUUAAAAACAGAAAAAAACAGUAACCUUCACUUAAUAUCAAGUUACAAUGACUUAUUUCUGUCUCUUUUUUUUAUUUACGGACUCAUUUUGCAUCACUUUUAUCGUGAAUAUUUCACUUUUAUUUUGAAAUUCUACAAAAUAUUAUAAACAAAAAAAGAAAUUGCGAUAUUAUUAGGGAAUGUUGUGACAUAAUUGUAAGCUCAUUCUGCCUGAACAGUUGUUUUUUUUGUUCCUCAAAAAGUUGGAUUUGUUUCACUUCACCGGCUCCCGUCCUGAUCAGACAAGACACUGAGACCCCUGAUCCACAGUCUUUCUUGAUGGAUUGAAUUGAUGCGUAGAUUGAUGACUUUAUUCAAGUGCCAUCAUAACGACAUGGAAGUUAAAACCCAACUGUGUGUCACCUUCUUUCCCACAGGCACAGUAUUGUCUCUGUGUUAAGUGCAGAGAACACUUUCUCACUGUGUGUGAAUCAGGGCUCCCUCUGCGCUUGGCCUAGUUGAAGAAGCCGGGACACUCUUGUGACCUUAACUUCAACAGGAAGGGAAACUUGUUAGCGGUCACUCUAUCCGUGGCGGCACAGCCCUCUUGUAAUUGUGCUCGAGUGUCGUCUGAACCGGUCGUUUAUCUUAAUUAGCUAACCCUCUCAUCCUUUGAAGAAGCAAAUCUCCACUGUACCUCGCUGCUCUGCGGUUGGACGACCUCGGCGUGUUGUGUGAUAAGGCACUUCGCAAUUUCGGGGUGUAUUCAUCGUGACAUUGAGAGCAUUAAUACACAGUUUUCAUCGCAGCUUAGGUGCAGCGGCUCACACUGAGUGUGUGUGUGUGUGUGUAUGUGGACUAUGCCACUGUCGCUCUCCAUAUCCUUCAGCAUGGUAAUCUCCCACAGGGCUUCUCCUCUCCUCCACUGCUCGGCUGUUCACCGCUCAUCAUUAGGAUGGACUCGGUGUCACUUCUCACUUCAGUGCUUCUCUCUGGGCUAUCUUAAGGCAAAGGGAGGGUUGGUGAGCAAAAGCCUCGCUAGGCCUCCUCUCCUCCACUCCCUCUGCCUUCUUUUUCCCUCCCCUCCAUCCUUUUUCCUCUCCCCUUUCAAAUCACUUGGCUCCUCGCCCACCUGGGCCGAGUGUACCGUGCUGCAGGGCAGCGAAGGUUUUUUUUUCUGUUUUUGUUUGUUUGUUUUCUGCUCGCUCUCCUGUGCCCAGGAGGCAUGGAAUUGGAAAUGGAAAAGGAAAAUAGACAUAGUAACAGAACAGAUCACACAAUGGGACUAUCACGCAGCAACAAAAGACAAAGACUAAGCAGAUUAUGUUCACCGGGAAUGUCAAUACUGUGGUUCUGGUAAAGAUGCAGCUCCCAUGUAAAGACCAAAACCUGCAAUGUUCUAUACUGCGCAAUUUGAAAUCUGUUUUCUAUGCUUUGUAGUUUUUGGAAACGGGAUGAAAUAAUGCUAUUGAAAUAGUUGGGUUUUUUUUUUUUUCCUGUCCAUGUUCUUCAUAGUGCAGUUUCAUGUCAUCGUGCUUGUACUGGACAACAAUGGAGUUCCACUGUGGCACAGAGUCUACAUCAGACUAUUUAUAUAUAAAUAUAUAUAUAUAUCUACUGUGUAUAUAUAUUUAUAUAUAUAUAUAUACACUUCUCAGUAGGACCUGUUCAUUGUUGGUUUGGUCUUUUAUGAGUUUUGUUGUGGAACAUCACCAGACUCGUCAUUUAAUGUGUUGUGAUUACUGUUCUGUUGUGUCGCUGAUCAGCUUGACCACAGUGUAAUUGAUGUCAUUUCCAUUAGGAAUGGUAACACUAUAGGGAUUUGUGCCAUUGUUUUCUUCCCUUUGCUCUCCGCUAUAGUUUUCAGUACUUUUUAUUUCUUGGACAUAACACGACUCUUAUAUCAAACCUCCAUGUUGGCCAAAGAGUAACACACCCUGUUUUCUUUUAUAAUUUAUUCUGUAGCUUGAAGCGGCAACAUCGUCUAAAUGUGUAUGUAUUCAGCAUUCCGCCAGUAUGUGCCUAAUUUUAUGUUAAGGUUAUAUUUGAAUAUUUUGUGUAAUAUUUCACUACUACCAACCAUGAAUAUACUGUAAUACUCGGACCAAGUCUAAAGGGAACUGUUCCUAUACUGUUUAGUGCAAAUAUAUUCUGUAUAAAUGCAGAUGAUGCAUUUCCAAGAUGAUCCAUAAUGAACAAAAAAUGAAUUAAUCUUUUUAUUAAUAAAUUUAUUUGCUUCACA